CGCUCCUGUCUUUCUUCGGCAAUCCUACUUCUCACCACCUUUCUAAAACUCCAUCUAACACAUCGAUGAGCGAACCUUCUGGCGAAUCGCCACUUCAUAGUUGGAUUGGUGCCUGGCUGCGAACGAAAUCAAGCAACAAUCGAAACCCCAACAUCCCCAUACUUCCUCUCACAGACAAGCCUUCUCAUAAGCAUGGCGCAACUGACCACAACAACGAGAGUCGAUGCGCGAGCAGCAUUGCCCCGCUGCACGAUAAUGAGAAGAACGCCAGCGCGGGUAUUUGCGAUGCAAGCUCCUCUGGCCUCGCUCCGCCAGCACCGCCGCCCCCUGAUACCCUGGGCCAUCGUGAAGAAUCCACCGCCGUGACGGACAACGAAAGGUUGCCUGUUCUCACUAGAAUACGGCAAUCAUUAAAUAUUAUUAUCUUUUCAAGUUGGAUCAACAUCUUACUCAUAUUCGUACCUGUUGGUAUCGCCCUGGGAGCUCUACAUCGUCGCCAGGGAGACGGAGCCUCCGUAAGCCCUACGGUUAUAUUUGCAGUCAAUGCUGUGGCUAUCAUCCCGUUGGCUUACCUGCUCGGGUUUGCAACGGAGAGUGUUGCAAGAAAAAUGGGUGACAAAGUUGGAGCUUUGCUCAAUGUCACCUUUGGAAAUGCUGUGGAACUGAUCAUCUUCCUUGCAUUAGUAGCGAACGAAGUUCGCAUUGUUCAAGCCUCUUUACUAGGAUCCAUUUUAGCGAAUCUGCUACUUAUCCUCGGCAUGUGUUUUCUGUUCGGUGGACUCCGAUUCCGAGAACAACUGUACAAUCCUGCCAUUACUCAAAUGAGUGCAUGUCUUCUUAGUCUCAGCGUGAUGAGUUUGCUUCUGCCGACUGCAUUUCACGCAUCAUUCAACAACCUUGCUAUUGCAGAUAAAGCUGUUAUACAGGUCAGCAGAGGAACCAGUGUAAUACUGCUCCUCGUCUACGUUCUCUAUCUGCUCUUCCAACUCAAGUCCCAUGCAUAUAUUUAUGAGAGUACGCCACAGCAUAAAAUCGAUGAAGAAUCCCAUCCUGGUGUUUUAGCAGACAUAUUAAACUCUAGCAGUUCAUCCGAAUCCAGUUCAUCAAGCGAUAGUGACACAGAUAGCAGCUCGGGAUCGCGAACUACAGCGAAACGUAUUCGCAGAGCCAUUAAUAAAAGAAGACGCCGCAAGUCCAGCACUAGUUUAUCGAAAGAAUCACAAUCCAUACCGUCGACACAGACAUUAGACCGCGUCACGUCAGCUUCACAUUCAAUCAGGACUAUGUCACUCACCGACCAUGCUUCCUUCUCACCGGCGAAGACAAUUGAUCCUGAGACCAUUUCCAGUGGAGAUGAAGCUGAUCGUGAAGAUGCGGCUAUAUCUCAUCAGCGAUACCCAGAUGUGACUACCCAUGAUUUUGAAACUGGCGAGUCCCAUGACGCUUCAAACAAAGCGACAAAGAGGCACCGUAAAAGGCAUCGCAUGGCGUUGAAGAAAGAGAAAACGCCAAGCAAAUGCCAUAAAGCCAGAGAACAUUCAGAGUCCCGGCGGAAUAAACCUCCAGAGCGCCGUGUCGGGUUUACCGAACCUGCCCCUACUCCUACCACCUCCGACACCGCAAAAAAGCCUUUUAUGCUCCGGGGAGUGUCGCGGGAAAGAAUAUUUCCACACCUGAUCCCCACUUUGCAACCAAGGCUAAGUAGCACAGAAGUCACGCAGCGACGGGUUUCAACGACUUACAACGGCAGCCCACGUAUUCUUCGUCGGACCACCUCUUUGCCUGAUCGUUUACACCAAUCCUAUAUCCAUAAUCCAACUGUCCCAUUCGCUCAGCCACUUCCCCAUCUGAUGCCGAUUAUUCCAGUUCACAACGAGUCCGACGGAGAUUCGCAGGUCGAGGAGAAGCCACAUCUCUCUCGAAUGGCGGCCGUUAUUCUUCUCGUGGUCUCCACAGGGCUAGUGGCAGCCUGUGCAGAGUUCCUUGUGGAAAGCAUUGAUUAUCUCGUCAAGAACACAGGGAUCAGUCAAGCCUUUAUUGGUUUGAUUAUCCUUCCGAUUGUGGGUAAUGCGGCAGAGCACGCUACGGCGGUGGCUAUGGCUGGCAAGAAUAAAAUGGAUUUGGCUAUUGGUGUUGCCCUUGGCAGCAGUAUCCAGAUUGCUCUCUUUGUAACGCCCAUUAUUGUCUUGUUGGGUUGGUGUCUGAACACAAACAUGUCGCUGUAUUUCAGUCUUUUUGAGACUGUUUCGCUGUUCGCAUCAGCAUUCAUUGCCAACUACCUAAUGCUGGAUGGAAGGACAAAUUAUCUCGAAGGCGCGCUCCUGCUUGCCGCGUACGUGAUCAUUUCUGUGGCGGCAUUUUUCUACCCGUCUUGUGAGAACUUGAGUUCAGCCAGCAACCCUUCUGAUGCAAAGGUGUGUUAG